AUGGCGGAGGCGGGGAGGCGGACGCUGGCGCUGGUGAACCUGGCGGCCAUCAUGGAGCGCGCCGACGAGGCGCUGCUGCCCGCGGUGUACGGGGAGGUGGGCGCCGCGCUGGGCGCCACGCCCGUGGCGCUCGGCGCCCUCACGCUCUACCGCUCCGCCGUGCAGGCCGCCUGCUACCCGCUCGCCGCCUACGCCGCCGUGCGCUACAACCGCGCCCACGUUAUCGCCGUUGGGGCCGUUCUCUGGGCCGCCGCCACCUUCCUCGUCGCCGUCUCCGACACCUUCGCCCAGGUAGCGAUAGCUAGAGGUUUGAAUGGUAUUGGCCUAGCACUUGUCACCCCAGCAGUCCAAUCUCUAGUGGCAGAUUGCUCUGAUGACAAUACUCGAGGCGCCGCAUUUGGAUGGCUUCAACUCACAGGCAACCUUGGUUCAAUUAUUGGUAGUUUGUUUUCCCUGAUGCUAGCAUCAACCACAGUCAUGGGUAUUGCCGGUUGGCGUGUUGCAUUUCACAUUGUUGCUCUUAUAAGUGUUGUAGUCGGUGUGUUGGUUGGCGUAUUCGCAGUGGACCCCCAUUUCCUCCAUGUUGAAAGUGGCGAGCAGCUGUUGCCCAAGUCUGCAUGGGCAGAGAUGAAGGAUUUGGUGAGAGAAGCCAAGGCUGUUGUAAAAAUCCCAUCAUUUCAGAUCAUUGUGGCUCAGGGUGUCACAGGCUCGUUUCCAUGGUCUGCCCUGGCCUUUGCCCCAAUGUGGUUGGAGCUGAUGGGGUUUACACAUAACAAAACUGGACUCCUCAUAACAACAUUUGCACUGGCAAGCUCACUUGGAGGGCUAUUAGGUGGAAAGAUGGGGGAUCACUUUGCUAUUCGCUUCCCAGAUUCUGGUCGAAUAGUCCUGUCACAGAUAAGCUCGGCUUCUGCUAUUCCACUGGCUGCUCUAUUGCUUUUGGGGCUCCCUGAUAACUCCUCUUCUGGUUUCUUGCAUGGACUUGUCAUGUUUAUUAUGGGGCUGAGCAUCUCCUGGAACGGUCCUGCAACUAACAACCCGAUAUUUGCUGAGAUUGUACCUGAGAGGUCAAGAACAAGUAUCUAUGCAUUGGACCGUUCUUUUGAGUCAGUUUUAGCUUCAUUUGCUCCACCGGUUGUUGGGUUUCUAGCUGAGCAUGUUUAUGGCUACAAUCCCAUCUCCUAUGGAGCUGCAGAUGACAAUGUUGGCAGGGAUAAAUCAAAUGCUGAUGCCCUAGCCAAAGCUCUGUACACGUCGAUCGCCAUCCCUAUGCUGCUUUGCUGCUUCAUCUACUCCCUGUUGUACCGCACAUAUCCACGCGACAGGGAGAGGGCAAGGAUGGACACUCUGAUCACUUCAGAGCUCCAGCAGAUUGAACUGGAAAGAUGUCAUGGGCUAGGGGGUUAUUAUUCUGGAAGGAAGGAGGACGCCACUGCGAUCGAUAUGGAGUACAGCGAGGAAGAUUUCGAUGCCGAUGAUGAUGAAAAGGGGCUGAUGGAACAGCAGGCUAAGCAGAGUGGCAGUGUCAAGUGGCACAGUAGUGAUUCACAAAAUUUGUGA